CCGCCGCCGCCUCCCCGAGGCGGGGCCUUUGCAGGGGGAUGCGGUAGUCAUUUAUUUUUCCACCUGAGUUGCUGAAUGUUUAACCCUCGAGAUUGGGAGAGACUUUUCCAGCAAGGGCUUCAGUGUGUGUGAAUGAGCGCCCUGGGAGAAUGAAUAACCCUAUACCUUCUAACCUGAAGUCGGAAGCCAAAAAAGCAGCAAAGAUUUUAAGAGAAUUUACAGAGAUAACUUCCAGAAAUGGUCCUGACAAGAUCAUACCUGCCCAUGUGAUCGCCAAAGCGAAAGGUCUUGCAAUCCUGUCUGUUAUCAAGGCUGGAUUUUUGGUAACAGCUCGAGGAGGCAGUGGGAUUGUAUUAGCUCGCCUGCCUAAUGGAAGCUGGUCGGCUCCAUCUGCAAUAGGGAUAGCUGGCCUUGGUGGUGGAUUUGAAAUCGGAAUUGAGGUGUCGGACCUUGUUGUAAUACUGAACCAUGAGAGAGCAGUUGAAGCUUUUGCAAAAGGUGGCAAUCUUACUCUGGGAGGCAAUUUUACCGUGGCAAUUGGGCCACUAGGGAGAAAUCUAGAAGGUGAUGUAGCCUUAAGAAGCUCUGCUGCUGUCUAUACCUACUGCAUAUCUCGAGGGCUAUUUGCAGGGGUGUCUUUAGAAGGAAGUUGCUUAAUUGAAAGGAAGGAAACAAACAGCAAAUUCUAUGGCCGGGAUAUUCGUGCUAGUGCCAUUCUGUUCGGUGAUCUGCCACCUCCCCUUCAAGCACAGGACCUUUAUGAUAUCCUUGAAUCUUUUACUCUGCAGUAUGAAACUCAGGAAGGGAGAAACUGUGCAUGGCCGGCAGUAUCAAGAGAACCAAAAAAGGCUAAUGGGCAUUCCUCGAAGCAACAGUCACGCAGGACUUCAGAACACUCUACGCCAGAAGCUGUAAGAACAACAAAUAGACUUUACCCUGAGCUUCCCAGUUACUCUGCUGUGAUAGGGAACUCCAGGACCACUCCGACAAUAGUGACUGCAAUAUAUCCAUUUGAAGGCCAACAGCCAGGUGACUUGACGUUCACCACUGGAGACAAGAUCAAGGUCACGACAAAAACAGAUUCACAGUUCGAUUGGUGGGAAGGAAGCUUAAUGGGCAAGACUGGCAUUUUUCCAGCAAAUUAUGUUACCAUGAACUAAAGCACAUUAAAUUGCCUUAUCCUGUUGUCUUAAUACCUUUUCAUACAUGUGGAAGAGAUUAUUUUAAUAUUUGGUUUGAUCCAGUUGAACUUGGUCCAACAGGUCUCAAGAGAGCCUUGUUUCCUGUCCUUGUUUAGUGUGUUGGGACUCAAACUUCACUUCUGCCUUGUAUUCAGACUUUCGGGCAGGUUACUUGUUCUUUGCCAGGCCUGCCAUGGCAGCCAUUUUGAGAUACUGCCCUGGGAACCACCACAAAUUGCCAAAUGUACCCCUGGCCUUAAAAAGGUUGCCUUCCUCUGGAUCAAACUUUAUUUUUACAGGUUU